UAGUUGAGGUUUCAAUUUUACUUCCCUACACGUUUGCUCCCAUUACUACGUAUUGUAGUGAUGGCGACUACACCAAAUAAACAUGCACAAGCACUACGUAAGAGCAAUAAGAAUGGUAGUUUCGGUGCCGCUGGACAUCAACAGUUUCUUAGUAAUCUACAUGGUAUGCAAGGUAAUGCUCCUCUACUGAGUAAUGGAAAUAAUCAACAGCGAAAUAUUCAGCAAAAUCAGAAAACCCGUAAACCCUUUUUCAUGCCUUACAUGAGCUUGGAUGCGGUGAAUCGUGGAUUAGCCAAUGGAGAUCUCAUCAAGGGUGUUUUGCGUGUUAAUCAACGUAACUAUGAGGAAUCAUUUGUGGACAAUCCUAUGGGCGACGAACAGCAGGAUAUCUUGAUUCUUGGUGUCCAUGAUCGUAAUCGCGCACUUCAUGGUGAUGUUGUCGUUGUUCGCAUCAAGGACAGGAAUUGUUGGGUUGUCCGCGAUGCACUACAUGAAGCAUGGCGUAGUGGAAAUUUGAAAGCUCGUGUCGAUGACAAUGGCAAACCAUUGACUAUUCCACCAAUCAAGCGUAGCGAUUACGAAAUAGAACUGUCAGCAGCUGAACUCUUGGACUUGCCCACAUGCGUUGACAAAUGUAUUUCAAGUGAAAAGUUAAAGGAAGAUGUGCCCGUUACAAAGAAUCGACGAUACAGCCGCGAACAGAUGCUAUGUAUUGCUGCGAAGCUUGAAUUGGAACGUCGUAAACGAGUUACAGAUGACAACAGUGGUAUUGACCCGGUUAUACUGAGUACUAUAUCCAAACUCGCCAUCGUAAAACGAAUUGAUUCACCAACAAGUCUUCCGCACUCUGGAGCAUCCGCAUGUGGUACUUCCAUUUCAAGUUUGGGAGUCGGUGCAACGACACGGCGUAAUGGAACUAGCACAAAUGGUUCUGUACAGCGGCGAUCAAAUUAUCGAAUUUUAUCGGAUAUGCCGGAUGAAGACUGGGGGAUUCCUGACAUGUGCCUUCAAAAAACCGCUGAGGUAGUUUUUAUCAGCGAGCAGAAAAACUGUCGAGCUGCAGUAGGCAUGCUAAAAAUGAUGGCUGACGGGAAUCGUAAUUGGGCACUCUUUUCACCGGGUGAUUCACGAAUGCCACGAAUGAUGAUACCAGCGGAACAAACACCUGCUUCGUUUUUUGAUCGUCCCCAAGAUUUUGCGAAGUUCAUUUAUGUAGCACGAAUGGUAGAGUGGCAAGCGACAGCUCAAUUUGCACGAGGGAAGUUAUAUAAAAGCCUUGGUAUGGCGGGCGAUAUAGAAGCAGAAACAGAAGGAUUACUAUUGGCGAAUGAUGUUGAUACCCGAGAGUUUUCGCAAGCUGCACUUUCGUCACUUCCAAUCACAGAAGCGGUGGAAUGGAAAAUUGAUGAAAAAGAGUUCAAAUAUCGAAAAGAUUUCCGAGAUGAAACUGUGUUCACAAUCGAUCCAAGCACAGCACGAGAUCUGGACGAUGCUCUCCACAUAAAACCGAUUUCAGACUGUGAUGGAGUUGGUAAUCCUGGUUGGGAGAUUGGUGUUCACAUAGCUGAUGUCUCGCAUUUCGUGCAGUUCGGCACCGAACUUGAUCAUUGGGCUUUUAGCCGUGGCACAUCGGUUUAUCUCGUCCACAAAGUGAUUCCAAUGCUGCCGCAAAUACUUUGUGAAGAAUUGUGUUCAUUAAAUCCUGAUGUUGAUCGGCUGACGUUUUCGGUAGUAUGGAAGGUCAAUGACCAGGGCGAAAUAUUUGAUGAGUGGUUUGGACGUACAAUUAUUCGGUCUUGCUGCAAACUUUCUUAUGAAUAUGCGCAGGAUUUUAUCGCUAAUCCAGAGAAAGAUUUCAUUCCGUCCGAAUUGCCAAAAAUUUUCAAUGGCAAAAAAUCGGAUGAAGUGAAAGAAGCAGUACUUCGCUUGCAUAAGAUUGCAUUCAUCCUAAGAAAAAAACGAUUUGAAAACGGAUCUCUCUAUCUUGAUGUGCCCAAACUGAGUUUCACACUUGAUGAAACGUCAGGAAUGCCUAACGGUCUUUCUGUUGGCGAACGUAAGGAGGCCAAUUUUCUUGUGGAAGAGUUCAUGCUUUUGGCAAAUAUAGCUGUAGCUCGGAAAAUUGAGUCAGCAUUUCCGAAGACUGCACUUUUGCGACGACAUCCACCUCCAAAAAUAAAGAUGCUGCGCGAUAUUUUGGAAAAAUGUGAAAAGGUAGGCUUCGCAGUAGAUGGUUCUUCAAGUGCAACAAUCUCUUCGAGCUUGCAAAAGUAUGAAGGAGACAAUGAAUUAAAGCGAACUGUCGUGCAGAUGCUGACGCAUCUACUGAUGAAAUCAAUGCAAUUGGCGUUAUAUUUCUGCGUUGGUUCGUUGAAAAAUCGAGCUGAUUAUGCACAUUACGCUUUGUCGGUGCCAUUUUAUACUCAUUUCACCUCACCAAUACGUCGAUAUCCAGACAUCAUGGUGCAUCGUUUUUUGUCAGCAGCACUCGGUUACUCUCCUGCUCCGGGUUUGACUGUGAAAGAAGUCGAAACGAUAGCAAGUCAUUGCAAUGAUAGAAAACUAACUGCAAGAACAGUCUCGGAAGCAAGUGAUGAUAUGUUCUUUGGUGUCUUCAUUAAGGAAUGUGGACCACUUACAGAACGUGCUGUGGUAAUACAAGUACUAGAUGCUUCUUUCGACGUUCUGGUGGUAAAGUACGGUGUUGUAAAGCGUGUUUACACAAGUCGUCUACGGCUGGCACGUGAGCCACGCUUUGUCGAGGGUCCAUGCCCAUCACUUCUUCUUUACUGGGAUUCCACCUGUGAUGGGUCAAAUGCUGCUAUCGAGCAAGUUAUUUCUAUGUGUACUGUUGUGGAGGUAGUCCUUUCUGCACUUCCGGAACCAACGAAAUAUCAGGCAGUGUUGAAGCAACCAGUUAAUGGUGAAAAGUUGUUGUCCUUGGCUGAGGUUGUUGCUUCGCUAAAUUAGGUGAUAUGACAGAAGCUGCCAUCGUUCGCGAUAAUGAUUAAUAUCCGGAGGAAAUGUUGGCGGCAGUAGCAGUAAGAAUUAAUUAUAAAUAAGACAAGGCAGCUAUUUCCUUAUUGCCCCCCCCCCUC